UAUGUGGGUCCCAGAAACAGCAAAUGCCCAAACGGGGUUAGCGCACGUCUUACCCUCAAAUUAUUGUCUCGGACACAUAAUAAGAAUGCCGCCUCGUGUCAAGGCUUGUCUAUGUCCUCCCACCAUAUACCCCGCCAUGCCUUUGCUUGUACCCCGACCACUGCCGCUUAUGUUGACGACUUUCCGCCGUGGGCGCCGGUGUUGCAAACGCUGCCGACCGAUGUAGAUGCUGCUUCGAGUGUCUGGAUCGAGCCUCUGGGAGAAGAGAGAGCCCACCGUGUACCGUGGCUGGAUGAUGUCCUGUUGGAGUUUGACGCGAAUCUUUUGGCAACACUUGCACUCGAUGAGCAACUGCUUUACUUUCCUGAAGAGGCCUUUGCCGAUGUCUGUUGGGCCGCUGCGGUGCUCGAGCCAGAACCAGAAUCACCCCGCGCUUCGAUUCAAGAGCGAUUAAUGGCAUCGCCUCUUUCGAGUCACGCCGAACUGGAAAACGAGGAUAACGAUGUUGACGAUGUUGACUUUACCCCAGCACCACCAUACAUGGCCCCCACAUUCUCCGCCGUCGACGAGCACAACCGACUUGUUGGAACACCCUUUGCAGAGUCGUUCAGCCGCGAUUUCGCUCCACUUCGCCGCAGAGAUGUUGUGGCUAAGUACAACGACCCCAUGCGGAUCGAUCCCUUCCCGCGAGACCUGCAGCCCAACACCAGCCUCGACGCCGCCGCCGCAUUAUUGAUGCUCCAACCCUCGCCCCAGUCGUUUUGGCAGGUCAGCGGGACAGUCGGCGUUGGCACGGGCGAUGGCAUGCCGAUUGGCGCUUACCCAAUCCGCUCGACCCCCAAAGCGUCUAGCCGCUUCCUCGCUUAUCUCACAAGCAGACCGCAUUCCCCGCCACCACCGGUGCGCGUGUAG